GCGACAAGCUGCGCGCGCUGCUCACGGAGCUGGGCGUGGCGCCCACCGCGCACUGGCGCGACGUGCGCGCGCGCCUGCGCGCCGAGCCCACCGCGCCCGUCUACACCAGCGCGGACAAGAUGGAGCGCGAAUUCCGCGACUUCCAGCGCGACCGACAGAGCGCAGCCAAGACUGCCUUGCGCCAGUUAUUGCAAGAGACCAGAUCCAUCACACACAAGACUCUCGCUAGCAUGAAGGAUGCUGUCGGCGGCGAGCAGCUGCAGCCAGUACACGACAUGCUCAAACACGACGCCAGAUACCUAGCGCUGGAGCACAUGGCGGAGGAGCGCGCGAGCAUCGUGCAGCAGUACGUGGCGGAGCUGGCGCACAAGGGCCCGCCGCCGCCGCCCACCGCCACCGAGCCCUCGCGCCGCUCCAAGCAGUGACAGUUGCAGGAGGCGGGCGGGGACGCCGCGCCGUGGCCGCGCGUCCUAGUGACUCGCCUUCCCAGCGUGACGUUAUUCCAACACUGCACUAUGGACGUAUCAAAUAAUAUACUAUAAAUAAAUACAAUAUUACAAUU